GGCAGAAAUGCUAUGUGACGACAUGUGACUGUUUCACUGGCUGACCAACCUGACGUCUUGUGUAACCUGGAUCUGUAAGCAGCAACAUGUCACGUGCAGUCGUAUAAACCUCGCAUAACCGCCAUGUCGUCUUGAUCAAACAAAUCAUUCCUCUUACCAUAUUCCUUCUUUCAAGUCCACCAAGCUCUAAUCAUCAUGGCUACCUACGUUAUCACUGGCACAUCGAGGGGAUUAGGCUUCGAGAUCCUUCGUCAAACCUCCAGCGACCCCAAGAAUACCGUAAUUGGCCUCGUCCGCGACAAGGCUUACACCGAUAAGAAGAUAUCAGAAGAGUUGAGUGACCGCAAGAACAUCCACAUCUUUCAAGCGGAUAUCACAAGUUACGAAGAUCUCAAGAAAGCCGCCGAAGAAACUGCCGCUAUCACAGAUGGAAAAGUCGACUAUCUGAUUGCCAACGCUGGAUAUGUGACCACCUUUGAUUCGUUCGAUCCCAUUAGUGUCCUUGACAAGAAUGAUCCAAAGGGACUCGCCGCCGACAUGCACAAGCUUAUCGAUGUCAACGUUAUUGGCAACAUUCAUUUUUACACCGCAUUCGUCCCCCUUCUGCUCAAGGGUACCGUCAAGAAGGCCAUCUGCAUCACCAGCGGAAUGUCGGAUGUCGAGAUGGUCAAUUCUCUCGCAAUCGAUACUGGUGCUCUGUACUCCAUCUCUAAAGCUGCCAUGAAUUUGGUUACUGCUAAAUUCCACGCCGAGUAUAAGGAUCAAGGUGUUCUCUUCCUUGGUAUCUGCCCAGGAAUGGUAGACGUCGGCGCCUUCGACUAUGGAGCAUUGACCCCUCACCAGAUGGAAGGACUGCAACGCCUGAUGGGUAAAUUUAUGUCAUACGCACCGCAUUUCAAAGGUCCCGCUACUCCAGAGAAGGCCAUUGGAGAUGUUAUCAAGACAUGGGACAAUGCCACCCUUGAGAAGAAUGGAGGAGAUUAUAUCUCUCACUUGGGCAGCAAGCAAUGGAUUUGAAUUGCAGACACAUGUUAAAGUCUCCUCCAAGCUUGCCUAGUGUUGUUGGGGGAGGGUGCAUGCAUAGCUAGUCUUCUUUCCUAUGAAAUACGAUCAUCCAUCAAAGAACCCG